AUGCUUAAACUUGUGGUGAUUUUUCUCGUCUCUUUCUCGUGUAUUUCAACGAAACCACAAUUUUAUGGAAAUCCGUACGGAGGACAAGGAAUGUACAUGGGUGGCCAAUAUUCUCCAGGUAUCCCACCACCAAUGUCUUCUCAAUAUUAUCAGCAACCACCCCCGCCACAAUCCGCAUAUCAACCACCAAUGAUGGGACCACCAAUGGCUGAAUCGAUGGAGAAUUUCGAUGAAACUGAGAUCAAACAAACGAGAAGAUUUGGGACAAGAAGGAGGAUUGGAUCACCUCACUCCAAAGUGAUCGUUCAUCAUGUCUAUGAGCCGAUGGGAUUCAUGGGCGGACCGGGAAUGUUUGGUGGUGGAUCUCCAAAUGGUGGCCUCGUUGGUGGAGUCUUUCAAAUGCUCUUCGGGACAAGAAAGAAA